AUGGCUGAACCUUCUGAGGCACACCUCGGCACAAACCAUCCUGAGGCUGCAGUUGCGGAUCCUGAGAAGCCCGCUCCCGAUCCUGAGAAGGCCAUGCCGGAUCCUGAGAAGGCCAGGCCGGAUUCUGAGAUGGCUCAGCCCCAUCGUGAGGAGACCGAUUCUGAUUCUGAGACAGCCGACUCUGAGGCCGUGAAGCAGAAGAAGCGAAAGCGAUGCCGCCGAGAGACUUUCACCCCCUACAUCACAAAGGUGCUGAAGGAAGUUCACGUUGACCUCGCCAUUUCUCAGAAGGCCCUGUGCGUCAUGGAUUCUUUCGUAAACAACAUCUUCCAGUGCAUCGCCGACGAGGCCGCUCGCCUGACCCGUUACAGCAGGAGCUCAGCCCUCACCUCCAGAGACAUCCAGACCGCCGUCCGCCUGCUGCUGCCGGGGCAGUUGGGCAAGCACGCCGUGUCCCAGGGCACCAAGGCCGUCCUGAAGUACAGGAGCCGCAAAUGA